UUUGUCGGCAGUUGAGUUUCAUUCAGCAGCUUUUAUCUGAAUUGUGUCGUUACGUUGCGUCUUGUGUUCAUUGCUAUUCGUCGCUCGAUACGCUGCUAAACUACACAGUCAUGCGCCAAGCCAUGUAAUAUCAAUUAAAUGGCUGCCAGUUACCAAUAAUAGUGCACACGAUACCUGACGAUCAACCGCUGCUUCACUCAAGCGCAGUCAGCUCUGUCCCCCAACCAUCAGCAAGUUCCGGCAGGCAAUGAAUAGGAACAACAGGGGAAGCGGAGAAGUGUUAAGCGAAAACAGUUUACCUUAGGAUUAUCAGCAUGUCAGUGCCGGGGACUGUGCGAUGUGGCUGCUUUUCGGCCUUUGUCUACCGAAUGCAGCAGCUGAUGUUGGUGUUGGCAUUUGGCUUGCUUAGCGGUACACUACUCGAGACGACCCGCGCCAAACCAACGCUUACGUUUAAGCUCUCCCAAGUGCCCGGUUUCACACAUAUCGUGGAACGCCGCUUGGUGGACGCCAUGAAGACCUACAGUGAGCGUCGAUUGGAGGCAGAGAGUUUGCGUAUGAUUUACUUCCACGAUCAGACUGUGGCCGUGGUUGAGCUAGGACUUGCGAAACGCCUCCUAGGGUGUGAGCUGAUUGAGAUCUACAGUGACUUCGACGGUAUGGAGCUGUUGCGCAACCUGUCUACCAUCAACAGACCGCUGGAGAUAUCCUUUGGUGAAAUGAUACAGCUGAUGGAACAGUGCGAGCAAGUGGAUCGAUUGAACGAACGCAACAACUACCGGGCAACGGUGCCGCCAGGAGGCUGGAACGAUCCCGGACCGAUCGCACUCCGGAGUCCGGUGGCAGCGUCGGACGUGCAACAGGACGCUCCAGUGCCCUCUACUAGCACUGCCAGCACCGAAGGCGGUGGCUUUCUCGGCUUCAUCUUGCGUAAUCAUGACAGCAGGCAGGGAAUUUUCAAAACUGGAUCAUUUUCUCUCCUGAGCGGUAUCAUUCCCGGAACGAAAUGGUGUGGCACUGGUGAUAUAGCCGAAAGUUACCACGACCUCGGUGACGAUGCGAUGAUGGACCGUUGCUGUCGGACACACGACCUAUGCCCACUGAAAGUCCGUGCGUACCAGAAACGCUACAAUCUUAACAACGACUCCAUCUACACAAAGUCCCAUUGUAAAUGCGAUGAUAUGUUGUACGACUGCCUCAAGCAAACCAACACUUCAGCGUCACAGGUGAUGGGUUCAAUUUACUUCAAUCUGGUGCAAGUACCGUGCGUAGAAGAGACAGUUAACGGUUUUCAGUUCCGAAAGGCGCGUGAUGAUUUUUAACAUCCAAUCGCGAACGUUUCAAAGGGCACGCCAAACAUCACGUUGCACGUUGAUGUAAAAAUGGUCAUGAAAUGGAUGUAUACUUACCUGCUCACUCGAUUGCGACACCUAGAUACACACAACUAAUUACUUCAUUGCCGAUCGAACGUGUAUUACAGGUGAACCGUAGCAGCGCACCCAGAAAACAUCGGGAACACAUCGGCAAGGACACGUCCAGCAACAUUGUGCGCGUCAAUCAACUUGCCAAAUGCGAGCAAGAAAUUUGUUGUAUUUUUUUUCAAGUUAUUUAUUGGUUCAGUGUUACGUAUGAAAAUCCAGUUGAAUAAAAUGAUAAAAAUAA